AUGGCCUAUCAAAUCGAAUAUGCCGCUGAGCAGGAUGCCCCAGAACUAGGCCUCAUUAAUAAUGACAGCUUUCACGCGCGCGCGAUACUUCCCGCCAUGUUUCCCGAGAGCAGCCAACCCACUCUCCGUGCCUACAAGGCCGUCCAUGUUAUGAAGCACCUAGCCAAUCCCGAGACCCACGUACUCAAGGCGACAGACCCCACGAGCGGAGCCAUUGUUGGGUAUGGGCGUUGGCAUGUCCCCGCUGUUCUGGGCGUUACUCCGAAUGUGCCCGGGCUAAGUGAGCAAGCCCAAACCUAUGCCAAGGAUCCUAUAGCCUUUGCGCCGGAGCCUAUGAAUCGGGAAGUCAAUACUGCAUUUCGAGCGUUGUUGGAGGAGGGACGGAAGCGUCAUACUACUGAGCGGGAUAUGAUGCUUGAUUUGUUGGCUACAUUGCCCAGUUGCCAAGGUCGUGGUGUGGGGACGGCGCUUCUCCUUUGGGGCACAGAGUUGGCAGAUAAGUUGCAAGCUCGAAUCUACCUCGAAUCUACUCCAGAAGGCUAUCCACUCUAUCUCAAGUACGGAUGGAAGAAGAUCGAUGAAGCUACAUUAGAUUUGGAUCAACUGAAUAGUCAUGGGAAAGAUACUUUUGUGUUAAUGAUGCGAGAUCCCCAACCAGUUUCCUAG